AUGGAGCUGGCCUGGCGUUUAGUCCUUAUUGUACUUUUAAGUUUUUCUUGCUGGGGUUUAGACUGGGACUCUGAUAAAAAUUUCAUCUCAGCUGCUGGUCCUCUAACCAACAACUUGUUACACAACCUGAGGGAUCCCCUGGGAAACCAGGAUUCAGCCUUUGUAGCAAAAGAUGAAGAAAUUUAUGUUUGUCGCCAGCCACUGCCUGCAUUCCUGCCAGAGUACUUUAGGAGUGUCCGUGCCAGUAUGAUCACCCAUUACAAAGUAUUUCUGCCAUGGGCACAACUUCUCCCAGAAGGAAUCUCGGAGAACCCAGACAAGGAUACAGUGCUGUGCUAUCGGCAACUGCUUGAGGCUCUCAAGAAUGCUAAGCUUCAGCCCCUGGUGGUUCUACACCACCAGACCCUCCCUGCCAGCACUCUCCAGAGAACUGAGGCCUUUGCCGACCUGUUUGCUGCCUAUGCCUCCUUCGCCUUCCACUCCUUUGGGGACUUAGUUGAGAUCUGGUUCACUUUUAGUGACUUGGAGAAAGUGAUCACGAAGCUUCCCCACCAGGAAUCAAGAUCUUCACGUCUGCAGAUCCUCACUGAUGCCCACAGAAAAGCCUAUGAGAUUUACCAUGAAAAAUAUGCUUCUCAAGGUGGAAAACUCUCUAUGGUCCUGCAAGCUGAGACAGUCUCCAAGCCCCUGCUAGAACCAUCUACAUCUGCGCUUGUCAAGGAUGCAGUUGACUUCAUCUCUCUUGAUUUAUCUUAUGAAUGCCACAAUGAGGCAGAUUUACCACUGAAGUUGAGUGAACUGCAGACCAUUGAACCAAAAGUGAAAGUUUUCAUCUUCAGUCUGAAACUCCAGAACUGCGCCUCCACCAGGAACAACAUAGCCCAGCUGCUCUUCAGCCUUCUCAGAGCCAUAAAUGAAGACCAAGUGCUCAUCAUUGGGUUUGAUAUUAGUACUUUCCUGAGCUGUUCAUCAAGUUCCAAGAAAAGCUGGUCUUGUUCUCUGAGUGACGGCCUGACCCUCCAGACUGCCCUGCAGCUGGGUCUGGACACAGCAGUAGACGCCUGGCCGCCCCGCUCAGCCUAUCAGAGAGUCUGGGAAGCGUUUGCCAACCAGUCCAAGGCAGAAAGGGAUGCUUUCCUGCAGGACGUUUUUCCUGAAGGCUUCCUCUGGGGUGUCUCCACGGGAGCUUUUAAAGUGGAAGGAGGCUGGGCCGAGGAUGGAAGAGGGCCAAGCAUCUGGGACAGAGUCGGGCCCCAGAACACUGCCAAGGGCCCAGCAACAGCAGAGGUGGCCAGCGACAGCUACCACAAGAUAGACACUGACGUCGCCCUGCUCCGUGGGCUCCAGGCCCAGGUCUACAAGUUCUCCAUCUCCUGGUCCCGCAUCUUCCCCACUGGGCGGGGGCACGACCCCCACCCCCGGGGCGUUGCCUACUACAACAAGCUGAUUGACAGCCUGCUGCACUGGCAGAUCGAGCCCAUGGCCACGCUCUUCCACUGGGACCUGCCUCAGGCCCUGCAGGAUCGCGGCGGGUGGCAGAGUGAGGACGUGGUGGAUGCCUUCCUGGACUACGCAGCCUUCUGCUUCUCCACGUUUGGGGACCGUGUGAAGCUGUGGGUGACCUUCCAUGAGCCGUGGGUGAUGAGCUACGCGGGCUACGGCACCGGCCAGCACGCACCAGGCAUCUCCGACCCAGGGGUGGCUUCUUUUAAGGUGGCUCACGCGGUCCUCAAGGCGCAUGCCAGGGCUUGGCACCACUACAACAGCCACCACCGCCCACAGCAGCAGGGCCGUGUGGGCAUCGUGCUGAACUCGGAUUGGGCAGAACCCCUGUCCCCAGAGAGGCCCGAGGACCUGAGAGCCGCCGAACGCUUCCUGCACUUCAUGCUGGGCUGGUUUGCACACCCCAUCUUCGUGGAUGGAGACUACCCGGCUGCCCUGAGGGCCCAGAUCCAACAGAUGAACGAGCAGUGCCCCAGUCCUGUGGCCCAGCUCCCUGAGUUCACUGAGGCAGAGAAACAGCUCUUGAAAGGCUCUGCUGAUUUUCUGGGUCUGUCCCAUUACACUUCUCGCCUCAUCAGCAAGGCCCAAGGAGAUACCUGCAUCCCCAGCUAUGAUACCAUCGGCGGCUUCGCCCAGCAUGUGGACCCCACGUGGCCCCAGACCGCAUCCUCUUGGAUUCGCGUCGUGCCCUGGGGCAUAAGGAGGCUGUUGAAUUUUGUAUCCUUGGAAUACACAAAAGGCAAAGUUCCAAUCUACCUAGCCGGGAACGGCAUGCCCAUAGCGGAGAGUGAAGACCUAAUCAAUGAUUCCCAGAGAGUUGACUACUUCAACCAGUAUAUCAAUGAGGUGCUCAAGGCUGUCAAAGAAGACUCGGUGGUUGUUCAGUCUUACAUCGCUCGUUCCUUCAUUGAUGGCUUUGAAGGCCCUUCUGGGUACAGCCAGAGGUUUGGGCUGUACCAUGUCAACUUCGAUGACAGCAGCAGGCCAAGGACUGCCAGGAAAUCUGCCUAUUUUUUCACCAGCGUGAUCGAAAAAAACGGUUUCCUCAACAAGGUAGUAAAAAGACUAUCAUCACCCAGUAUAGCAAAUGUCCCCCAGAAAAUCAGAGCCUUCACUUUUCCAUCUGAGGUGCCCUCUAAGGCAAAAGUAGUCUGGGAGAAGUUCUCCAACCAACCCAAGUUUGAGAGAGAUCUGUUCUACCACGGCACAUUCAGGGAUGACUUUCUGUGGGGCGUAUCUUCAUCAGCCUAUCAGAUUGAAGGAGCUUGGGACGCUGACGGCAAAGGCCCCAGCAUCUGGGACAAUUUUACCCACACACCAGGAAGCAACGUGAAAGACAACGCCACUGGAGAUGUGGCCUGUGACAGCUAUAACCACCUGGAUGCUGAUCUGAACAUACUCCAAGCUUUGAAGGUGAAGGCUUAUAGCUUCUCCAUCUCCUGGUCUCGGAUUUUCCCAACUGGGAGAAACACUUCUGUCAACACACAUGGUGUUGAUUAUUACAACAAGCUGAUCAAUGGCUUGGUGGAAAACAACAUCUCUCCCAUGGUGACCCUGUUCCACUGGGACCUGCCCCAGGCUCUGCAGGAUAUUGGAGGCUGGGAGAAUCCUUCCCUGAUUGACUUGUUCAACAGCUAUGCAGACUUCUGCUUCCAGACCUUUGGUGACAGAGUCAAGUUCUGGAUGACUUUUAAUGAGCCCACGUACCAGGCCUGGUUGGGGUAUGGCUCAGGGGAAUUUCCCCCAAAUGUGAAUGACCCAGGCUGGGGACCUUACAGGAUUGGCCACGCAAUCAUCAAAGCUCAUGCCAGAGUCUAUCACACAUAUGAUGAGAAGUACAGGCAAGAGCAGAAGGGGGUCAUCUCCUUGAGCCUCAGUUCCCACUGGGCAGAGCCCCAGUCGCUGGUCCCCAGGGAUGUGGAGGCAGCUGACCGAAUGCUGCAAUUCUCCUUGGGUUGGUUUGCCCACCCCAUCUUCCGAAACGGAGACUACCCAGAUGCCAUGAAGUGGAAGGUGGGGAACAGGAGUGAACUACAACACCUGGCCACCUCCCGCCUGCCCAGCUUCACGGAGGAGGAGAAGCAGUACAUCGCAGCUACCGCCGAUGUGUUCUGCCUCAACACUUACUCCUCCAGGAUCGUGCAACACACGACACCCAGGUUAAACCCACCCUCCUACACGAGUGACCAGGAGCUGCUGGAGAGGGAGGACACUUCCUGGCCCGCCACAGCCAUGAACAGGGCUGCCGCCUGGGGGAUGCGGAGACUGCUCAACUGGGUCAAGGAAGAGUAUGGGGACAUCCCCAUUUAUAUCACUGAGAACGGAGCGGGGCUGACGGACCCCAAACUGGAAGAUACCGACAGGAUAUUUUACCACAAAACCUAUAUCAACGAAGCUCUGAAAGCCUACAGACUUGACGGCGUCAACCUUCGCGGAUACGCUGCCUGGUCCCUGAUGGACAGCUUUGAGUGGCUGGAAGGCUACACGGUCAAGUUUGGACUGUACCAGGUUGAUUUCGACGACGUGAGCAGGUCUCGCACGGCAAGAGCCUCAGCCGGUUACUACACAGAGGUCAUCGCCAACAAUGGCAUGCCGCUGUCCGAGGACGAUGAGUUCCUAUACGGACAGUUCCCCAAGGACUUCAUCUGGAGUGCAGCGACCGCCUCGUAUCAGAUCGAAGGUGCAUGGAGAGCAGAUGGCAAAGGACUCAGUAUUUGGGACACGUUUUCUCACACACCCCUGAGGGUUGAGAACAAUGACACGGGAGACGUGGCCUGUGACAGUUACCACAAGAUUGCCGAGGACCUGGUCGCCCUGCAGACCCUGGGCGUGACCCACUAUCGCUUUUCCAUCUCUUGGACUCGCAUCCUCCCUGACGGGACCAACAAGUACAUCAAUGAAGCGGGCCUGAACUAUUACGUGCGGCUCAUCGACACGCUGCUGGCCGCCAACAUCCAACCCCAGGUGACCAUUUACCACUGGGACCUGCCCCAGGCACUCCAGGAUGUUGGGGGCUGGGAGAAUGAGACGAUUGUACAGCGGUUUAAGGAGUAUGCAGACGUGCUGUUCCAGAGGCUGGGGGACAAGGUGAAGUUUUGGAUCACACUCAACGAGCCCUACGUCGUUGCUAACCAGGGCUACGGCUACGGGACGGCAGCUCCAGGAAUCUCCUUUAGGCCUGGCACUGCCCCCUACAUUGUUGGCCACAACCUAAUAAAGGCUCAUGCUGAGGUCUGGCAUCUGUACAAUGAUGUAUACCGUGCCCGUCAAGGUGGCAUCAUUUCCAUCACCAUCAGCAGCGACUGGGCUGAGCCUAGAGACCCCUCUAACCAGGAGGAUGUGGAGGCAGCCAAGAGAUACGUUCAGUUCAUGGGAGGCUGGUUCGCACAUCCGAUAUUCAAGAAUGGGGAUUACCCUGAGGUGAUGAAGACGCGGAUCCGUGACAGGAGCUUAGCGGAAGGCCUCAACAAGUCUCGGCUCCCUGAGUUCACGGAGAGUGAGAGGAGGAGGAUCAACGGCACCUACGACUUUUUUGGGUUCAAUCACUACACCACUGUCCUGGCCUACAACCUCAACUAUACCUCUUCGAUCUCUUCCUUCGAUGCAGACAGGGGAGUGGCCUCCAUCACAGACCGCUCCUGGCCAGACUCCGGCUCCUUCUGGCUGAAGAUGACCCCUUUUGGCUUCAGGAGGAUCCUGAACUGGUUGAAGGAGGAGUACAACAACCCCCCAAUCUAUGUCACAGAGAAUGGAGUGUCCCAUCGGGGAGAAGCAUACCUCAACGACACUGCAAGGAUCUACUACCUCCGCAGUUACAUCAAUGAGGCACUCAAAGCAGCUAUGCAAGAUAAGGUGGACCUUCGAGGAUACACGGUUUGGACUCUGAUGGACAACUUCGAGUGGGCCACCGGCUUCUCAGAUAAGUUUGGUUUGCAUUUUGUGAACUAUACUGACCCUGCUCUGCCAAGGAUCCCCAGAGAGUCAGCCAAGGUCUACGCCUCCAUAAUCCGGUGCAGUGGCUUCCCCGACCCUGCUGCAGGGCCACACCCUUGUCUUCAGCAAGAAGAUGCUGAGCCCACCGCCAGCCCCGUGAGACAGAACAUUCAGUUCCUGGGCCUCAGGCUGGGUACGAUGGAGGCCCAGACAGCGCUUAAUGUACUCUUUGCUCUCAUGCUUUUUGGAUUCUGUGGUGUUGCACUUCUGUCCUACAAGUACUAUAAGAGCUCCAAGCAAAAGCCCUCCAAGCAAAAGCACACACAACCAGGCAAAGAGCAACUGAGCCACAGUUCUUCACUCUGA